ACUAAUAUAUAUAAUAUAAAAUUGUCACUUGGAUUUGCGAUAUCAGCGAAGAAUCGGGCUUGUUUAUCUCUUCGAGUUUCUCAACACUCUGGCUUUGAUUCCUAAAGCCCAGCCGCAAUACUUGGGCCGGGCCCACUCCCCAAAUAUUUUAUUAUUACAUAUAUUUUAUAUCUUUAAAUUUAUUAAUUUCUUCUUAAUUAAUUUUUAAUUAAAAAAAUCACCUACUAACUAGUAGCAAUUUAUAAGCCAAAGAUCCUCUAUAAAAUCUACUCCAACAAAACAAAUUGUCACACAAAACACACACACACAAACACACACACACACACAUGGCUAAUUGCCCUUCAUCCAAUCACAUUUUCUCCAUUAAACCUUCUUCUUGUUCUAUAAGUUCCAUGAAACUCAAAACCCUACUUCAAACCUUCAUUUUCUCCCACAUGUAUCGAAUUAUCGCACGUGCUCUCGCUAAAGCAAAAUCGAUUAUAAUCCAACUCCUCAACAAGCACAACUACUACAAGCAAAAGAAGAAGAACAAGCUCUUCUUCGACUCGUUUAGGAUGCACUACAACUGGUGUUCGUCUCGUACUAUUCCCGUAGGAUUGGAAACCUACUCCGACUCCGGUUGGAAUUCCGUCAUUCCGAUCCCGUUCGAGUUUAGUGGAAUGCAAGAAUACUCCAACGAGCUCUCAAAGUACUUGCAGUGGCUUGAGGAGAAAGGUGGCGAAGAAGAAUAUUCGAGUAACGAAAUCGAUAAGCUCGCCGAUUUGUUCAUUGCUAAUUGUCACGAGAAGUUCUUGUUGGAGAAGCAAGAGUCUUAUAGAAUUUUUCAAGAAAUGAUGGCUAGAAGUGUAUGAAUGAAUGUUCACAUAAAAUUAAUUAAAGGGAUUUUGAUUUACAACUUUAAACUUUAUUUGGUAAUUUAAU